GUGGGACGCAUGCGUAGGGAGCUGUGAGAUAAACCUGAGCCACUGCGGCAAGUCUGGCGUAGAGAGGAGAGGGAGCUGGAGAUGUCUGACGCUUGGUUCUGAGGAGCGAUUUCAACGCGAUGGAGCGAGCAAGGGAUCGCUUACACCUGAGAAGAACUACUGAACAGCACGUGCCAGAGGUAGAAGUCCAGGUCAAACGUAGAAGGACUGCCUCACUGAGCAACCAAGAGUGUCACCUGUACCCACGACGUUCUCAGCAGCAGCAGCAAGUUCCUGUGGUGGAUUUCCAGGCAGAACUGAGACAGGCUUUCUUAGCUGAGACACCAAGAGGUGGUUAAAGUAGUAUUGAAACAUCAAGGUGUUGGAAAUCAAGGAAAACAGGACCCAUCCAUUGUUUGUGAAGCUUCAGUCAAGCUUACAUUGUGUCUAAGAACCUGCAUCCACACCUUUAUUUAUAGCCCUCCCCUAAGUAUUAAGGAUCUUGAUAUUUUAC